GCAAAAGCGGUGCGCAGUUACGGUAGUAGCUAAAGACUGUUUUCACUCAAUUUCCAAGUCCACAAGAUUGUGAGACUAGUAAACAGUGGAACUCAAUCUAAAUCCAAGGUCCGUGUGGACGUUUCUCUCCGAGCUAUAUUGAUGAAGCUGACUGUGUUGUGUAUUUAGCUCUUCAAAGAACAGAGGCCCACUGUGGAGGACUCAAACUCAACAACUUCUCUUCCCAGCAGCUGUAAGGAUGAAGAGGAGGAACCCCAGUAGUGUGAAGAGGUUGUAGAACAAAACAAAAGAACAGAAGAAUAAACGGCAUCCUCUUUGGCUCUUCUUUGGCACUUCUGUCUGCACUGGCGCUCACUAUGAGUUAGACCACGUCAUAGCCCAUUGCCACAGCUGCUGUUUGGAGACAGCAGCAACCACAACUGGAGACAGCACCCUGCUUCAUGAACCAGCGGGAUGCAGCGGAGGUCCUCGCACUCUCCGAGCGCCUCCUCGUAGCUUCACACAAAGGACAAGUUGACAGUGUGGUCCAGCUUAUCAACAAAGGCGCAAAAGUAGCUGUUACCAAGUAUGGCAGAAGUCCCUUACACUUGGCUGCCUACAAAGGCCAUAUUGAGGUUGUUCGUGUCCUGCUCAAAGCUGGCUGCAACCUGGACAUCCAAGACGAUGGGGAACAGACGGCGUUGCAUAGAGCAGCAGUGGUGGGAAACAGUGACAUUAUCAAUGCUCUGAUCCAGGAAAGCUGCGCACUGGACAGACAGGACAAGGAUGGCAAUACUGCUCUGCAUGAGGUGUCCUGGCAUGGCUUCACUCAAUCUGUGAAAUUGCUGGUGAAAGCUGGAGCCAAUGUUUAUACCAAAAACAAGGCAGGAAAUACACCUCUCCACCUUGCAUGUCAGAAUGGUCAUGCUCAGAGUGCCAAGGUUCUGUUAUUGGGCGGAUCCAGGCCUGACAGCAAAAACCAUGCAGGUGAUACUUGCCUACAUGUGGCGGCCCGCUACAAUCAUCUGGCUGUGAUUCGUAUCUUGCUGGGAGCAUAUUGCUCUGUGUCAGAAAAGAAUUUGGCUGGAGACACUCCGCUACAUGUGGCAGCUAUACUGAAUCAUAAGAAGGCGAUACGCCUGCUGCUGGAGGCUGGAGCAGACAGUCGCAUCAGCAACAAUGCAGGUCUAACAGCUUUGGACCAGGCCAGAGAACACAACAACCCAGAAGUAGCUCUUCUCCUGACCAAAGCACCCCAGGUGCAAAGUUUUGUGCGUGGCAGGAAAGCAAGGAAGAGGAGAGAUGAGCUUAAGGCAGAAGGUCGGGCUCAGUCAGUGCCUAGAAAUGCGAUGCUACCCUGUAAGGGUAGUGCAUCUGCUGCAGGCGACAGCCAGAGCAGUGACCAGGCUGCCUGCAAACACACUAAGGUAACUGAGUCUAACGCCAGGAGAGGAAAGAACAGGAAGCGGAAAAAAAAGCCGUCUUUGUCUGACCCUCUGCACUGCAGAGAGACCAGGCACUGUGGAACCAUUCAUAAGAAGAAAGGUAAACUGCGUGGAACCGCCCCUUAUGUUUCCAUCCCUCCACACAACUUCAAAGCCUAUCAGCUGUACACGCUGUACCGAGCAAAAGAUGGCAAGAUCAUGCAGGCUCCUCUGAAUGGCUGCCGCUGUGAACCUCUCAUAGAUAAACUGGAAAACCAGCUGGAAGCUACCAAGGAGGAAAUGAAGACUGAGAUCCACAUCAUUCAAGACCAACUGAACAGCAAGAUGGGCCAGCUCGACCGCAAGAACAAACACCAGAUCUGGGCUCUUGACAAGAUGACAGUGGAGAGAGCAUCAGCAGAGAGAAGCAGCUGUUUGAAGAGGAUCGAGCAACGGGCCCUGCAGGAACGACAUGAAGCAGAGAAGAGACAGCAGGCAGCUCUGGCCAGUGAACUGAAGAGCUGGUGUCUGUCCAAACUGCAGAACAUGGAGGGUCGUGUCACAGGAGAGCCCAGCAGCACCAAGUUACAGCACUCCUCUACUGUGGUCGAAGCUAAUGUAGCAGCCUUCGCUGUGGUGCCCACUGCACAAGGGGGCAGCUCCCAGUGCCUUGAGCACCACAGUGACCCUCCACUCCUGGAGUUCAGCCGGGAAGAGUCUGGUGUGGCAGAGGGUGGCACAGCCAGUCACUACUUUGUUGUUCAUGUGGAGAGCUCUCCAGAUGGUGAUAAGGAUCAGAAUACCAAGGAUGACUCUCCCGCAGCAGCCAAGAACCCCCCAUCACCUGUUCAGGUGGUUCGGCCAAAAGAGCGCUCUGUGACCUCUGCUGACACCAAGAGGAAGAACCAGGAGCUGAAUGAUGUGGACAUAAUGAGGAGUGGGGCCAGGAGCCAAAGAUCCAGCAGCUUCUCUCCAGCCACGGAGCGGCGCUGCAGCAGCAGAAAUGACAUCAGAGAGAAGGAAAGACACUGUGAUACAGGGAAGCACCAGAACAAAUAUUUUCAGGGUAGGACUAAAUUGAGAGGGGACAUAAAGGUCAGGCCUCUAGAGGUCUUUGGAGACCAGCCUACGUUUACUCAGGAGAGGGACAACAUGCAUGCCACUGAGGUGACCCAGUAUUUCUUUGAGACGGUCUCGACUCAGAUGGAGCGCUGGUAUGAGAGGAAGGUGCAGGAGGCUCAAUGGCAGGCAGAUCAGAAGGCUCAGACAGAGAAAGAUGCUCUGAUUAAGAGGAUUGCCUACCUGGAGGAUGAGCUACGUAUGCUGAGAAUGCAUCGGGGUGAGGACUGUUAAGACAACAAUCCAUUUGCUGCAGAAAAACACUGCUGAGAUCUGUCCAGCAUUGACCAAACAUCAUAUAAAUGUGAUUCCUCUUGAGGACCAGUAUACAAAACUGCAGAACCAGUCUUAGAGCAAAGUGCUCCAUUGGGGUGGUGUGGUAGUAUGAAGUUUUUAAGAUAAGAUGCAGCCUGAUUAUAAAAGACUUUGUGAGGAAAAGGAUUUUAAAUUUGAUUCUGGAUUUGCCAAUGAAGAAAAGCCAAUACAGAAGAAAUAUGCUCUCUCCUUCUAGUUCCUGUCUGAAGGUUUUUCGGACACCCUGAUAAUAAUGAAUUAAAGUAGUCCAGCCUAAAUGAAAUAAAUGCAUGAACUAGUUUUUCAGCUUCACUAUGAGACAGGAUGUUUCUAAUUUUGGAGAUACUGUGUAAAUAGAAGAAAGCAGUCCUACAUAUAUGUUUAAUUGUGGUGGAGGUGUGGUCCCUGGCUCAGCUGCAGGGGAGGGGUGGCGCAGUGAGUUCAAGGGGCAGGGCCAGGCAGGUGAGUGGACAGGUAGUCGUGUGGCACUGAUGAGCUCUCUACUGUUUUCAGUGGUGCUGGAGUGGAGAGGAGGAAAGGCUUUAGAAGGUGUGUGAAACGCCGGGAGAGAGCUGAAGUGAGAAGUGUGUGUGCCAAACCUUAAAAGUACACUGCUGUGUGUCGAGACAUAAAAAGAAACAUUUCGUACACUGUCUGUGUGGGUCCAGUCCUUGUACAGUGGUGCCGAAACCCAGUCGGAGUAUGUCCGAGCCUCAGGCCGCGCCACUGGUGCAGCAACUCCAAAUUCUGGCCGAGAUGCUGGCAGAGACGGCGACUGUGAGCCGUGAUCAGCCGGGUGCACAACAGAAGCAGAUGGAGCAGUUGCGGGAAUAGCUGGACCGGCAGACGCAGGUCCUCGAGCAGCUGGUUGUGGUUGCCGUGCUGUGGGGCAUUGUUGGAGGCAGAAUGGGUGGAAGUGAGAUGUGUUCAUGGUUAUAUUCACAAGUAUCCCAUUGUGCCACUGAUAUUAAAAUACAAGGACAAAACACAUAGGAUUAAGGGUGCGGUUUGCUCAUGCCUGUCGCACCCCCUAAUUCUGGGUAUGAAUUGGCCAGUCUAAUAAACUGUUGGGGCAGUAUGCAGGGAUGCGAUCAUGACCAUUAGUAGCCUCACUAGAAGGUCCCGCUGGCUCGGGAGGUUCACUUUAUGGGAGAUAUUCCACUGGAGCAGUCUCGUGAUAACACCCUAGGCUCAGCCUUCCGCCAAGUGAUAGAAAUUGAUUGUCACGUGGUGCGCCCUGAAGCCGUGCAGACCUCCCGGCUAUGUGUUAUUAAAAGAUUUAUCGAUUGAGUCAUGACACUCAUGAUAGGAGUAAAGGCUUUAGAAGGUGUGCGCAUCGCCGGGAGAGACCUGCAGUGAGAAGUGUGUGUGCCAAACCUUAAAAGUACACUACUGUGUCGAGAAAUAAAAAGAAACAUUUUGUACACUGUGUGUCUUGGUCUGGUCCUUCUACAUUAAUGUACGCAUUGAAGGACAUAUCCUGUUCAAAAAGUAUUCCUCAAAGUGUUACUGGAGGCCAAGGUAGUGUCAUCUGGUUAGAUACCAUAUUUUAAAGAUUUUUUUAAUAACCUCAGUUUUCUCUGAAUUUAGAAACAGAAAAUUCGAGGUCAUCCAGGUCGUUUUGUCUGUAAGACAUUCUUGCAGUUUAACUAAUAAGUGUGUGUGUUAUCUGGCUUCAUCGGUAUAUAAAGUUGGGUAUCAUCUGCAUAACAGUAAAAAUUUAUGCUUUGCUUUCUAAUUAUACUGCCUAAUGGAACCCCGUAGAACUCCAUAACUAACGAGUGCAGUACCUUUAAUACCUACAGCAUGCUCUAAUCACUGUAAUAAAAUAUUAUGGUCAACAGUAUUGUGUAAGAUAGAGGUAUGUAAAUUUCUCUUACUUUACUCACAUUUCACAGAAUGUAUUUUUAGUAAUAAGUCUGAUUUGAAUUAUUGUGGAUAUGGGUAAGUGUAAGAUAAUGGGGAAUUUAAUUUUUACUUUACAAUCCUGUUUUAGUGUAAUAUUUAUUGUCAAAUAGUAUUUUCUUGCUUAUUUCAUUUUUAUGUUCUGUUCCUUUAAUACACUGUAAUUGCACACGGGGAGCAGUCAGGCUUCUGCACUGUGCAUAGUGGAGGCUUUAACUAGCUGUGGAGUCAAACAGUCCAGGUCUAGCAGUGUACAGGGACAUUCAGGCUGAUUCCUGUGAAUUCAAGACUGUGGAAAUAUAUGUUUUCAGGGGGUUUUCCCAGCAGAUGAUCUAGUGGAUUUUUAGUGUCUUUUCUCUUUGUUCCUCUUCCCCUCUGUUUUUCUUUCCCUCUCUUUUUCUUAAGCUUCUUCCCAAUUUCUCUUGUCUUUCUCUUUCCUAUCCCCGGUCCUGUCUGUUCCAAUUGUAAUAACUUAAAAGUAAAAUAAAUAAAUAAAUAAUAAAGGUCAAUCAAGUGGA